AGUCGAAACAGGGGAGAAAGUCCACUUCCCAUCCAAAACCCACAAAGCAGAAAAUGGAGCCUGCUUCCAUCACCACCUCUCUUCCCAGUCUCCAAGCCACUCCUGCUGCAGCCGCCGUGGGCGGGCUUGUUUUCUCAGUCUAUUUCGUGAAAAGGUUUAUGGUCGAUAAGAAGAAGGCCAACAACUCCCAUCUCCGGCUGGUUCCAGAGGUCCCGGGGCUGCCGGUGAUCGGGAACUUGCUGCAGCUGAAGGAGAAGAAACCCCACAAAACGUUUGCGAAUUGGGCAGAGACAUACGGACCAAUCUACUCCAUUAAAACCGGCUCCUCCUCCGUCGUCGUUCUCAACACUACAGAUGUUGUUAAAGAGGCCAUGGUGACCAAAUUCUCAUCCAUAAGUACUAGGAAGCUAUCCAGGGCUUUGUCCGUGCUCACUCAGGACAAAACCAUGGUUGCCAUGAGCGAUUAUGACGACUUCCACAAGAUGGUGAAACGCCACGUCCUCGCAAACCUUUUGAGCCCAAGCGCCCAGAAAAGACUUCGUUCUCAGAGAGACAUAAUGGUGGACAAUAUAGCAACCCAAUUCCAAGCUCACGCCAAGUUCCAUCCUGAAAAGGCUCUGAAUUUCAGGAAGGUAUUUGAGUCCGAGCUCUUCGGUUUAUCCAUGAGGCAAGCGAUCGGGAAGGAUGUGCAGUCCAUCUAUGUCGAGGAAUUGGGGACUACAGUUUCCAGAGAAGGAAUCUUCAAAACUCUAGUGCUCGACCCAAUGGACGGAGCUAUAGAAGUAGACUGGAGAGAUUUCUUCCCGUCCCUGAGCUGGAUUCCCAACCCGAGCUUCGAAGAGAAGAUCGAGCAGAUGCAUUACCGCAGACAAGCGGUGAUGAGCGCCCUGAUCGCCGAACAGAAGCAAAGAAUUGCAUCCGGAGAGGUGAUUGAUUGUUUCGUUGACUACUUGCUGGCGGAAGGCAAGAACCUGACAGAUCUCCAGAUCUCGAUGUUGAUUUGGGAGACGAUCGCCGAGACGUCGGAUACGACGUUGGUGAGCUCAGAAUGGGCAAUGUAUGAGCUUGCCAAGAAUCCUGACACUCAGGAAAGGCUCCUCCGGCAAAUUCAGGCAGUCUGUGGAUCCGAUGAAGUCUCCGAGCAACACUUGUCGAAGCUCCCUUACCUGAGCGCCAUCUUCCACGAGACGCUCAGAAGGCAUAGUCCUGUCCCCGUCAUCCCUUUGCGCCACGUGGAUGUCGACACCGAGUUAGGAGGGUACCACGUCCCUGCUGGAACUCAGAUAGCGAUCAACCUGUACGGAUGCAACAUGGACAGCAAGCAAUGGGACAACCCCGACGAGUGGCUGCCGGAGAGGUUCCUGGGUGGGGGAUCAGACCCCAUGGAGCUGCACAAAACGAUGGCGUUUGGGAGUGGGAAGAGGGCUUGUGCCGGAGCCCUCCAGGCGAUGCUAAUUGUUUGCACAUCGAUCGGGAGGAUGGUGCAGCAAUUCGAGUGGCGCCUCAAGGAAGGAGAGGUAGAUAAUGUGGAUACUGUGUCGCUCACUGCCCGUAAGCUUGAUCCCUUACACGUGCUUAUCAAACCAAGAAGCUAGAGAAAAUUGAGGGUGAGAUCAAAGUGUGGAGCCGUUUUACGAAAGAGUUGUUGGUGUCUGUUUUGUUUAGGGCAAUGUUGUUUUUGGUGGGGAUAUAAUUGUAAGUAUGGGUGGAAGUUUGGUUUGCGCAUUGCGGGUAAUCCGCAAACCGCACCAAACCGCAUAUAUUGUGGGUAGAGGUGUCAAUUGGGCGGGUUGGGUCAUGUUCGGAUUGGGUCUAACCGGGUUGGGUUCAAUCGGGUUGCGAGUUCAAUCGGGUCGGUUUCAAUUUGGAUCGGGUUUAAUUGGGUUGCAGGUCAAUUGGGUUACGAGUCAAUCAGGUCACUAGUCAAUUGGGUUACGGAUCGGGUCGGGUUACGGGUGCAUCAAAUUAUGGGUUUAUUGGAUUGCGGGUUAAUUCAAGUUCGGUCAGGUCGGAUUAUGGGUUAUUCGGGUCAACCCAUUGGAUCAUUUACUUCUUAACAGAAAAUAAUAUUUUACAAACUAUCAAUAUA